AUGAGAAGUUCAAAAACUUCUCGACGAGCAGCUCCAAAGACGGCACCAACAUCCGUUUGUUAUUGUAAUGGAAAUAGAGAACUUGGAACAAUUGAAAUUGUCUGCUCUCAAUGUUUGAAAUGGUUUCAUUCUCGUUGUUUGAAAGAAUUGUCGGAGUUGUAAGCUUAAUUGAUUAGUUCUUUUCAUAAUAAUUGUAUUUAAAUGUUUUAGGAAUGGUAUUCCUUUCAUGAUAUGCUAUACAUUCACCUGCAAAGAAUGCCGACCAGCAUCAGAAGAUUGGAAAGUGAAAAAAGCGGAUCUUGUUCACAUGUGUGUGACAGUUUUUGCUAAUUUAUCUGCUGAAAAACUAAAAGAAAAUGAUAAAUUAUCUGUUGAUACCAUUCCAAGUGAUUACACUUAUCUCAGUAUAAAAGAUAAUGUUAUUCCGUAUAUGGAUUCAAAUUGGGAUAUGCUCACAGCUGUCAAAAAGAAGCCAACGUGGCAUCAAAAUUUGGUACCGACAUUGAUUAAAGAAAAAAAUAUUUUCAUUCAAAGCGGCUCGAAUCCUGAUCUUUUUGCUCUCGCUGAGAAAAAUUUAUCAUUACUGGGUCCUCUUCAUGAAUCAGUGAAAAUGAUUGGAAGAAAAGUUGUUGCGGCAAGCGCAAAAGAGGAGAAGCCGCCGAUUGAAUUACCGCCAAUCGAAGGUCCGAAAACAAGAGGAGCAAGUAAAAGAAGAAAUGCUGAAAAUCCACCAUCGGGAAAGAAACCAAAAAUGUGAGUAUUUAAAUAUGAAAUGAGAAAAAACACACGUAUGAGAAAUAAUAUUGUUUUUAGGGCAUCUGAUUUUUGUUCAAUGGCAAUAUCUGGUACCCAUGUUGAUGUUCCUUUUUCAAAAGAUAAUUAUCGAUAUUUGUUCUCGGAAAAAGAUCCACAUGUUGAAGCAGAUGAAGCUCCUGCAACAAUUUCAAAAGAUGGUUCAACAAUUAUAUCUUCACUUGGUCAAAGAAUUGUUAGUAUUCCUACAGUUGCCAUAUCUUCACAUGAUCGAGCUUAUCAAUUAUUAUAUGAGCAGAGUAGUCCAACUACAUGGACAAUAACAGGACACGAAGGAUAUGCAAUGGCAAGAUGUACACAUAGUGUUUCUGUUGGAACAUGGUAUUUCGAAGUAACAUUUGAUGAACAACCAAAUGAUUCCCAUAUUCGAAUUGGUUGGUCACAACCAUUUGCAGCUCUCCAAGCUUGUGUUGGUUAUAAUAAAUUCAGGUAUUCGUUCAUAUUCUUUUUUUUUUAAUGUUCCAAUAUUAAAUAUAUUUUCAGUUAUGGUUGGAGAAGUAAACAUGGAACUAAAUUUCACGAUGGACGAGGACAAACAUAUCAAAAACCAGGUUUUAAAGAAGGUGAUAUUCUUGGAUGUUUGAUACAUCUUCCAAGUGAUCCAAGUUUGCCUUCUGAAGUAUAUUUACCUCCAUCGCACAAAGACGAUUAUCUUAUAAACUUCAAAGGACAUUAUUUUUUCGAAGUCAAUGAUGUGCCCACAGAAGAAGCGAAAAAAUUGAGGGUUUUAGAAGGAAGCAGAGUAAGUUAGACAAUUUUUGAAACCUAAAAACUUCAAUAAUUUUUUACAGAUCGAGUUUUUUUUGAAUGGUAAAUCAUGCGGGACAGCUUAUGAAAAUAUUUAUGCCGGUCAUUAUUUCCCAGCAGUUUCAUUAUUUCAUCGAGCAAAAGUAACUGUCAAUUUCGGGCCAAAAUUCAAGAAUUUGCCGAAAUUAGCGAAUGGUAUGCAUUUGCGAGCUGAUCAACAACAUCACGAACAAACGCUGAGCGAUAUUUUACAUAUAGUUUCAAAAUGA